AUGAGUGAGACUCCUUCCACUAGUUUUUCCAUGGUUCACCCGACUUCUUCUGGUGAUCUCGUCCCUUCCUCUCGACACUUCAGCCUCACUCAUCCCGUGGUGGCCAAACGCAUCAGUUUCUACAAGAGCGGAGACCCGCAGUUUGGUGGGGUCCGGGUGGUGGUCAACCCGCGUUCCUUUAAGACAUUUGAUGCCUUGCUGGACAACUUAUCACGGAAGGUGCCCCUGCCUUUCGGGGUGAGGAACAUCAGCACGCCUCGGGGGAGGCACAGCAUCACGCGCCUGGAGGAGCUGGAGGACGGUGAGUCGUACCUGUGUUCCCACAGCAGGAAGGUGCAACCUGUGGACCUGGACAAGGCUCGUCGGCGCCCGCGGCCCUGGCUCAGCAGUCGCACCAUCACUGCGCAUGCGCACAGCCACCACGCUGCUGCUACCACAAUGGCUGUGGCUGCAUCUCCCGGCAUGCGGCGCGCCCCGCGGAGGCUCCUGGUCUUCAGGAACGGGGACCCGAACACUCGGCGCGUGGUCCUUCUGAGCAGGACCGUCACUCAGACCUUCGAAGCUUUUCUGCAGCACUUGACCCAAGUCAUGCAGUGCCCGGUGACCAAGCUGUAUGCCACGGAUGGAAGGAAGGUUCCUAGUCUUCAGGCAGUGAUCCUGAGCUCUGGAGCUGUGGUGGCAGCAGGAAGAGAGCCAUUUAAGCCUGGAAAUUAUGAUAUCCAAAAGUACUCGCUUCCUGCUAGAUUACCUGGGAUCUCUCGUCGUGUGUACCCCAAGGGAAAUGCUAAGUCAGGAAGCAGAAAGUGUGGUAACUGGAAAGUUUAUAUCAUCACCAGUGACUUACCAAAUUCAGGGACCAGCUCACAGAUUUAUAUUAUACUAUAUGGACAACACAGAAGUUCAGCCCCCAUAUAUCUUUAUGGUAUGGAUGGAACUCAAUUUCAAGAUGGCCACAAAGAUAAUUUUACUAUAACGGUUGGAGAUAUUGGAAUGCUCUUUAAAAUUCGUAUUGGUCAUACAAAUUCCGGGCUUUCCCCUUCCUGGCACUGUAAAGAGAUACAACUGUGGAACAGGAAUUCUGGAGAACAGUUUUAUAUACCUGUUCAACGCUGGCUAGCACGAGAUCAAGAGGAUGGGGAAAUCUGUCGAGAAUUCCCUAUAUUAAACAAAGGAGAACCUGUCCUCCCAGUGACCAUAUAUGAAGUAUAUGUGGCAACGGGUGAGCUUUGGAAUGCUGGGACUGUAGCAAAUGUCUACAUUUCUAUCUGUGGGGAAAAGGGGGAUACUGGAUCCAGACAACUGUUUAGAUCGAAGAACUCUGUCAAAUUUUUAAGAGGACAAACUGACACCUUCUCCCUGGAAGCUGUGCACCUUGGGAAAUUACGCAAAAUUAUCAUAGGCCAUGAUGGAAUUGGUUCAGGAAAUGGCUGGUUUCUUGAUGAUGUUGUAGUCAAGGAUCCCACAACAAACCAUGAAUAUUCUUUUUUCUGUCACAGAUGGCUAGAUCAAGGGGAAGAUGAUGGUAAAAUUGUCAGAGAACUGUAUGCCAGGGAUAACAGUAUUAUCUUUGCAAGGCAGAAACUAGAGCUGUAUAGAAGAGAAACAUGGGCUGCAGAAAGCUGGAAGUUUAUGAAAGGAAAUACUCUUCAGUUCUACAACAGGCUUACUGGAGGGUUUGUCCGUCUGCAUCCAGAUGGCAUGGUUGAUGCAAGAGGAGAGAAAGCAGACAAAUAUGGUCUCUUUGAUGUUGUUUUCAACAAAGGAAAUAUAUGUAUUCUACAAAGUCAUGAAAUGAGGCACCUUUCUCUUGCUCUUGAUAAUGGUUCUGUCACUGGAAUGGCUAGUGGUGGGCCCUCAACUGAGCUGAGAGUACUUUGUCAGCCCAACCGCUGUGCUCUUAUUGAGUCAGCACUGGUUCCUGGUCACGCAGUCAUUUUUGACCGUCAAGGCAAAACAGCUGAUGAAUCAUCAGCAGGCUAUGCAGACCUUUCAAAAGAAUUUGUGGUUUUUGUCAAGGGUGUGUUUCUCAACAGUGCUGUUAUUCUACUUGCUACAAGUCUACGCCAGGCCCUGUGUCUCCAGCCUGAUGGGAGCUGUAGUGGAGUGGGAAACCAAUCUGAAAACUCCUACUGGAAAGUACAUAAAAUCAGCUCUGGAAUUUGCAUGUUUGAAAGUGUGAAAAAUGCACGGAUGUAUCUGAGGAUUAAGGAUGGCCAGUGUGAUGGAAUGGGCUCAGGAGAUACUGACUGUCAUUUUAAAAUUGAGAGAAACUUGGAAAACGCAUCUGUCAGCUUGGAAUCUACGAAGAGCCCAGGGUUGUUUGUUGGACUUCAGUCAGAUGGACAGGCAAAACCAGUUAUUUAUACUAAGACUGGGAAUGUAUAUUUCUAUCCACAAGUCAUCAAAUUAGGCAGAGAAAACCCAAUGGGUAUGUCUGCAUCAUCCAGCCAAGAAAAGGAAAAGAUUCAUGAAUCAAAACAACAGCAAGAGACACCACCAGAGUCUGAGGUCAAGCAUUCAUUACUUUCUUCAACUGCAAAUGAAAUCAGACUUUCCCAAAGCAGUGAGACUGUUAUAUCAGAAGACAAAUGGAAGAUAUUGGUGGUGACAGGAAAUACAGGGACUCAAGCCAAUGUUACACUCUGGAUAUAUGGAGAUGAAGGAGUCUCUGGACCAAUAAGUCUUAGCAAGGACGGCUCAGAGCAGCUCUUCCUUCCAAGACAGGAGGAUGAAUUCCAGGUUGAAAUAAGAAACAUUGGAAAGAUCUAUAAGAUAAGGAUAGGGCAUGAUGGAACUAGUGAACAGCCUGAGUGGAGUUUACAGAAGGUAACCAUGCAGCAUAUGAAGAGUAAGAAGACCCUAGAUUUUACAGCAAAUGUGUGGUUAUCUCGCAUGCAAGCAGAUGGGGACAUUGUCUGUGAGCUUCCUGUAGUAAAAGGAGAACAAGCUCUUUUUCCAUUGGUGAGAUACUGUGUUGAUGUCCAUACUGGGGAACUGAAGCAAGCAGAAACAGAGUCUGAAGUUUCAUUGUGUCUCUAUGGAGAGAGGGGGGAUUCUGGCAUUAGAUUGCUAUACAAAUCUAACAUGCCGGUAAAAUUUCAAAGAGGACAGGUUGAUAUAUUUCAAAUAGAAGCAGUGUCACUUGGAAAACUGCAGAAGGUGCUGUUGCGCUGUGAGGCCACUGACAGAACACAGUACUGGUACUGUGAGAAAGUCUUUGUUAGAGACCCUAGCACUGAAUCUGAAUCCAUCUUCAUCUGUGAAAGAUGGCUUCCCUUUAUGUCCCAGGGAAUAAUACAUUCAGAGAUUGAACUUUAUCCUCAAGAAAUGCAAAUAAAUCAUCAACUUAAAACACAAGAAGAAGCAAAUGGUAAAUUGUUGCCACUUUUUUUUUCUUUUAAUCAUCUGAAAUAUUUUUUUCUGUCCCAAGAUUACUUUUCUUAUACAAUUUAUAGUAUGUUCUUGCUGAGUUUAAACAAUGAUAUAAAAAUAUUUAAAAUUACUAUAGGAACAGGUAUUUGCUAGUAGGACUUAUAAAAACAUUUCCAUAAGCAACUUUCGUCUCAAGUACUUUUAAAUGCUUUUUUCCUUAAAUAAAGAUUUGUGAGAAGGGGCCAGAUGGUGGCACGCCUGGUUAAACACUAACAUUACAGUGUGCAAGGACACAGAUUCAAGCUCCUGAUCCCCACCUGCAGGCGGAAAGCUUCAUGAGUGGUGAAGUAGGCUGCAGCUCUCUCUUAGUCUCUCCCCCUCUCAAUCUAUCCAUCCUCUCUCAAUUUCUCUCUGUCUCUAUCCAAUAAUUGAAUAAAUUAAAAAUAUAUAAAAAUUGUGAGACAGAAUAAUUUUCCCAGUGAUUAUUUUUGUUAAUUAUGCCUUUCAACAGCUAGUUAUGCACAUUGUUUUUGUUUUCAGUUUUCCAUUUAAAUCUUUUGAGAUUUAAAACCUUUCCUAUUAGAUCUUCAAAUCAGCCUGCAAUUGUGUUGUUAAUACAUUUUUAAAGCUGAUCUAAAUGACACGGUUAGAUACAAAAUACUAACAUGCCUGCCAGUGAACAGAUCUUUAUUUUUAAAACUGUUUUACUCACUAGGGAAAGAUAGAAACAGGUUUGCUGGUAUGGAUCAAUCUGCCAACGCCCAUGUCCAGCAAAGAAGCAAUUACAGAAACCAGAAUUUCCACCUUCAGCAUCCCAUAAAUUUUUUUUUGUCUAUAUUGGGAGAGGGGGAAAUGUUAGGUGAAAAUGACCAGAAGGUUCUGAACUCUAAUUCCAUCAGUAAACAUUGAUAGAUAGUUAUAGAAAUAAUAGUCAACCCAUCUCUGUGGCCUUGGGAGAACCACUGCAGUUUUUCCAGUGGAGGGAAUGGGGAUACAGAACUCUGGUGGUGGGAAAGGUGUGGAAUUAUACCACUGUUAUCUUAUAAUUUUGUAAGCCAUUAAGUCGCUAAUAAAAAAAAGGAAAAAAGUCUUACUGUGUGUAGUGAUUUUAAAGUAGACAAGGGUUAAUGCUGACACUAUUAUUUUUAGAAAAUCCUUGGUCAACUAGAAUAUUAUCCACUGAAACAGAAAUAUAUCCACUAUGCCAAUUAGGUUAAUCUAGUUUUUAUACUUACUAAUGUCAGAAAUUGUAUCUUGGCUUUCAUUUUAUAUUUUAUCGUUGAUUAAGAGAGGAAACACCGUGCGUGUGUAAAACUGUUGCAUUAGCGUGAUUUUGCUUAUGUUCCACAAUCUUAGUAAUUUGAAGAGCUUCAAAAAUCUCUGUGUCUUGCAGCAUGCCCAUAAGUAAUAAAGCUGGCAGUGACAUCAUAAGCAGAAAAAUAAUCCAUUAAUUUCAGAACUUGGUGGGAGGAGAUAUAAAUAAUUUAGGUUAAUAGUUUAAAAUGAAGAGCAUAAUUAAAGAUAAAAGUUGGAACAUCCUCUGUUAAUACUAAACUUGUAAUCAACAUCAGUGAUGAUAAUGAAUACAAUGAAGUUGAGUCAUAUAGCAGAGAUGUUUAUGUAGAAGUUUAUUGGAUAUCUUUUAUGAGUGUGAUUUUAGUUAAAAUAAAAUAUUUUAACAUGU